AUGCUGUUUCUGGUGAAUCAGUUAUUCAAGAUUUACUUUAAGAUCAACAAACUCCAUUUGUGUAAACCUCUCAUCAGAGCCAUUGACAGCUCAAACCUGAAAGAUGAUUAUAGCACAGCACAGAGAGUAACAUACAGGUACUAUGUUGGACGAAAGGCCAUGUUCGAUAGUGACUUUAAGCAAGCUGAGGAGUACCUGUCCUUUGCCUUUGAGCACUGUCACCGUUUAAGUCAGAAGAACAAAAGGAUGAUUUUGAUAUAUUUACUUCCAGUAAAAAUGCUAUUGGGUCAUAUGCCAACCAUUGAGCUUUUGAAAAAGUAUCAUCUCAUGCAGUUUGCUGAAGUAACCAAAGCUGUAAGUGAAGGCAAUCUCCUCCUUCUGAACGAGGCUCUAGUGAAGCAUGAGACCUUCUUUAUUCGCUGUGGCAUCUUCCUUAUCCUUGAAAAGCUGAAGAUCAUCACCUACAGGAAUCUUUUUAAGAAAGUGUACUUGUUACUCAAAACACACCAGUUAUCUCUGGAUGCUUUUCUAGUUGCUUUGAAAUUCAUGCAAGUGGAAGACGUGGACAUCGAUGAAGUCCAGUGUAUUUUGGCCAACCUGAUAUACAUGGGUCACAUCAAAGGCUAUAUAUCACAUCAGCAUCAGAAGCUAGUUGUUAGCAAACAAAAUCCAUUUCCUCCACUGUCUACAGUGUGCUGA